AUGGGCAAGAAACGUGUCUUGAUCAGCUACGGCGUCGACGUCGAUGCCGUCUCCGGCUGGCUGGGGUCAUACGGGGGAGAGGAUUCCGUCAGCGACAUCAGUCGAGGGAUUUUCGCCGGCACGGUGGGCACGCAGCGACUAUUGUCCAUGUUCGAAAAGCACCAGAUCAAGACGACGUGGUUCAUUCCAGGCCACUCGCUCGAGACGUUCCCCGAAGACAUGGCGGCGGUUCGAGACGCCGGCCACGAGAUCGGCUUACACGGCUACUCGCACGAAAACCCGUCGGACAUGACGCUGGAGCAGCAGAAAGUGGUCUUGGACAAGACGUUCCGGCUUCUGACCGAGUUCGCGGGGAAGCCUCCCAAGGGAAGCGUGGCGCCCUGGUGGGAGACCAGUGCCGAAGGAGCUCAACUGCUCCUCGACUAUGGCAUCGAGUACGACCACAGUCUCUCACACCAUGACUGCCAGGCAUAUUGGCUGCGCACCGGCGACACCUGGACCAAGAUCGACUACAGCAAACACCCGGACCACUGGAUGAAGCCGUUGGUCAAGGGCCGGGAGACAGGUCUGGUCGAGAUCCCUGGCAACUGGUACAUCGACGACCUGCCACCCAUGAUGUUCAUCAAGAACUCCCCCAACAGUCAUGGAUUCGUCAACCCUCGCGACAUCGAGGACAUCUGGCGGGACCACUUCGACUACAUGUACCGCGAGUACGACGAGUUUAUCUUUCCCAUCACGAUCCAUCCAGACGUCUCCGGUCGACCACAUGUGAUUCUGAUGCAUGAGAGACUGAUUUCCCAUUUCAAAAAGCACGAGGGCGUCGAGUUUGUGCCCAUGGUGGAGGUGUCGAAUGAAUUCAAGCGAAAGAACCGAUAUCCUGAGGGCGCCUACCUUCCACAAGACCCAGCAGAGAUCCUGAAAAGAGAACCACUCUCCAAGUGA